CGUUAACUACCAACCAAACCCAACUCGGUUUAUAAAGAUCCAGAACAAGGUUACUUACAGAGGAAUAAAGUCUUGUACAUUUGUACAUGUUCAUUUUUCAUUCGUCAGUAUAAUACCAAAACUCGAACCCUUUCUAAGACCCAAAAUGCAGCUAGUUUAUAGCAUGGUGGUCUAACCGAUAAAACCAAGAUAUACCAUGGACCAACCCUAUUACAUUUCAUCAGUUCUAUAUCAAGGAUAUAACAAAUUUUUCAUAUCAAUGUCAUAUCAUUGUCUAGUCACUAAAUCACUCACUAAUCUCGCUAUUCGUUCUCAAAUUAAGUAGUCAAAUCGUGUUAAUCACCACCAAUUAAUAUCGAAAUGGGGGAAGGAAGGAGCCAGCAGCCACAACAACCGCCACCGCCAUCGCCACCACAGGCAGCUGUGCUUUCAGUCAUGGUUGAACCAUAUGCUCCUUAUCAACAACAACAACAACAACAACACCCCGCGCCUCAUUGUUAUGGCGAUCAUCAUCACCAACAAAUCAACAUGCCAAAUGCAUUUGCUUAUGGUGCACCUGCAACACCGUAUCCUGGACAUCCACGUCAAAUGAUGAACUCGUCUGUUACCGUCAAUUAUCCCGUUGUUGAAGCAGAUCCUCCUUUGGUUGUCGACCGAUUGCCUUGUUGUGGAAUCGGUAUUGGCUGGUUCUUGUAAGUCAACGUUCUUUUAACCUCUGUUUAUCUUCUUCGUAAUAAGGUCAAUCUCUAGGGUUAUUGAAAGUUAAACAAUAACUAACAAAUUAACCACUAGAACAAAAAACAUACUUGUUGCGACCAGAAAAAUGGUUGCAGAAAGUUCUCGCCGAUACAUCUGGUUGUGGCAUGGGCAGUAAUAUUGCGUUGCCGAUGUCUUAGUUUGCGGUGGCUUGGACGAGAAGUUUUGGCAAAAGCUAAUUUUUUUUAUAGCAUUGAUAAUAUAUAGUGGUCUAUGAAUGGUUUUAGUGACCAGCAAAAUAAGCCUUCUGUCACUAUUGUGGCUUCCGAAAAAGGAGAAGUUUUGCGACUAAUGUUGUGCAUUGUUUUAGGCUAAACAUUUAAGGUUGCUGAUAUUAGUGACCACGGUUUUUAAUUGAUAGAAUAUCUGGGUCGCUAAAAGGUUAGUUUUCAAUUGACAGACAAACUAAUUAAUAACUUAGUCACAUAGUU